GGAAGCGAGCCGUCGCUUUUAGCCUGUUAACUCACAAACCAAAACAGAGUGGAUGUUUUCCUCUUAAAUCUCCACGGAGACUGACUUUACUGCACACGUGGCUUUGAGUCUGUCCGGUCGACUCGUCUUUUAUCUCCGUGUGUCUGUCAGACGACUGAGGAGCGGCUGAACUUCGACUGAGAUGGAGGACCCCGGUGGUACCGGAGCAGAGUCUGUGGCUCAGUCACCAGCAGGUGCAGCCAAGUCAAAGCUGGACACGCUGUCCAAAGACGACCUCAUCAAGUUUGCCAAGAAGCAGAUUGCUGGCAUGCAGAAGAUGAAGAGCAGAUGUUCAGAUUUGGAAAAAGAAGUUGAGUCCCUCAAACAGCAAUCCAAAAACAAUCAAAGCACUUCAGAUGACUCCGCUCUGAUACAGGAACUAACUGAAAGGAUGGAUUCCUUACUACUGGAGAAGGCAGAAACGCAGCAAAGUCUUGCACUAUCUCGUAAAGAUCUAGUGAAGACUAAGCAGCAAGCCAAGGAUGAACUAGCGGUGCUGCGAGGAGACCUCGACCGUGUAAUAGAAGAUCACCAAAGGAAGAUCAAGACCUUAGAGAGCAGCAUUGAGCAAUCCAACAACAAACACCAAGAAGAAGUGGCUUAUUUCCAGAAACUACUGAAAGACCGAGAAGAAAGUGACCGCGAGAAGCAAAGUGAAAGAGAAAGGGAGCGCCUGGCUGAAAAUGCCAGUGAUGAAGUGCGCCGUCGCUUAGAAGCUCAGCUGGAAACAGUUAGAGUCGAACUGGAAGCGAUCAAAGAGGGGAAAUCGCAGGAGAUUAUUGAGCUGCAGGAAAGCCACCAAAGGAUGUUGACAGAAGCUCAGCAGGAGGUGGAGAACCUGAAGGAGGAGCUGGCUCAAAAGAGUCUGCAGCAUGAGGAGGAAAUGAGGGCUCUGGAGGAGGACUGUGAAAUCGAGAGGGAGCGUCUCCUGUUGCUCCACGAGGAGCUGACCGAGCAGCUCGCUCUCAAAGACAGCUACCUGCAGGAUGUGCAAGAGGAAGACGAGGAACCUGCCCGUGGGUCGGGCAUCGCCAAAAUGCUGGAGCUGUCUGGCUGCAGUCAGGGUGAGUCCAGCCAAGGUGAUGGAGAGGAGACAGAGAUUGGAAGACUGAAAGCAGCCAUGGAAGAACUUCAAGCACAGAGCACCAUGUUACAGGAUGAGCUCACCCUGCUCAGGAAUGUGAAUGGUGAACUCGAAGCAGAGCUGGAGAAGACCAAGGAAGAGUUCCAGAUGGAAAGAGAAGAGCUGGAGUUUAAAAUUGAUGAACUGCAGAUGAACCGGGAAAGUGCUCCCAAUGACCAAGCCAUAACCCUGGACCCUGACCAGCAAGAAGUCCAAGGAGAGUCCCAGCAAAUGAGUGAAGCACACAAAGAUGCAGGGAAAUCCAAAGAGUCAGCAAUCAGUCCUGAGGACCCAAACCACUUGAAUCUAGAGGAGCUGAGAGCCCAGUGUGGAGUCUUGACCAGAGAAAGAGACACUGCCCUGGCUGAGUGUCAACACAUGAGAGACAUCCUGCAAAGUGUGGAGACAGAACUGGGUGAGAAGACGAAAGAUUUUGUUCUUCAGUACAAAGCCAUGAAGGAACAAGGGGCUAAUACUGUACAGGAACUCCAAGACAAGUUAGAACAACUUAUCCAGGAGAGGGAUGAACUGUUGGAGAGAGUUAGAGAGGUUACAGAAGACAAAAACAAUCUGAUGAAGAACGUACAAGACUUGGAACUGAAACUUGAAGCUUCCGCAGGUGAGGACCAGAAACUCCAGUCCUCUGUAGAGGAACAAACGACUUUAGCCUGUGAGCUGAAGCAAUCUGUGAAGGAACUGACCAGCCAGAACGAGGAGAUCCUCUCCCAACUGCAGAUGAAGGAAAAUGAGAUGCAAGACCUGACAGAGCUGGUGAACACACUGACUGAAGAGCGAGAUAAAGCACUCACCCAGCUUCAGCACAGAGAAGUGGAAAUGCAAAAGUUGAACGAGGGAGCGAAAGAGACUGAGAGGCUGCUGGAGGAGAAAGAGAAAGAGGCACUAUUGCACAGAGAGGAGAAAGAGAAGGAGUUGAUAAGCCUGAAAAAGGAGAAGGAGGAUGAGGUGCAGCAUCUAAUAGAGGAGAGAGAAAACAUAGAGGAGCGCCUCAAAGAGGAGGUGGACAGAAGGCAGGAGGCAGUUUCUGCCUUAGAGCAGACUAUCAAAGACCUCUCCACCGAGAAGACGGACCUUCAUCAGAAAUUGGAAGAAGCAUCCUCUGGGCUUUCUGAAUCCCAGGAAACAAGGGAGCUUUUGGGCUUAAAGCUGGCAGCCCUGGAGGCUCAAUUAGAGCAGGAGAUGUCUGAGAAGAACCACCUGGAGGCAAAGUUGAAUUCAUUAGCAGAGGAGGCAGAGCAGGCCCGGGUCACCAUCAGAGCUCUGGAGGAAAAUCAGUCUGAAGUACACAGAAACUCCUCCGAAGAAGUUGAAGAGCUCAGAGCGCGCGUAGAUGAGCUGGAAAAGGAGAGGAGCCUGUUGAGGAGUAGUCUUGAGGAGGCUCAAGGGGUAUUAACAAUAGAGGAGGUGCAGAGGGAGCUCCAGGCUCGCAUCACAGACCUGGAACAGGAGAGGAACAUGUUGAGGAACAACCUGGAGGAGGUGGUGAAGGAUACCGAAGGGCUACAGAAAGACCUGGAGGAUAUGAAGUCAGUCAAUGAGAAGGUUAAUGAGGAAAACAAGAAACUGCAGGCUCACAUUUCUCUGAUGACUCAAGAGGCAGAGGACAAGGAGAAAGAGGAGGUGGAGAGAGACAUGGAGAAUAUGGAGAAAGAGAGGAGAGAGCUCAAAGACCAGCUGACGGAGAAGGAAUCCCUCAUAUCUCAGCUGAGGAGCGAGAUUGUUGCUCUUCAGGAGUCUGCUGCUCAGUCAGCCUCCUCUGAAGAAAAUGCAGCCAGUGAGAUCACAAAGAAAAUAGCUCGGCUGGAGAAUGAACAUAAAGACAAAGAUGAGAAGAUGAACAAAAUCAAGGCGGUGGCCAUCAAAGCAAAGAAAGAGCUGGACAUCAGUAAAAAAGAGGUUGCAACCCUCAAGGUGGAAGUAGAAUCACUGAAAGCAGAGAGGGUGAAAGUGAACAGCUCUAUGAAAGACAUCAUCCAUGGGGCUGAAGGCUACAAGCACUUGCAGAUAGAUUACGACAGGCAGACGGAGCAACUGGAUAAGGAGAGAGAGAAGGUGGAGGCGGCAGAGAGACAGAUUGCUGAGCUGACCAAACGACUCAGCAGUGCUGUCACACAGGUGGAGACAAUGAGCAGUGAGAAGGAGGACCUACUGGCUGGUAUAGAGACCACAAGAAACACAGUGAGGCAGCUGGAAGUCCAAAACCAGGAGCUGCAGAGACAGUCAGCAAGUCUGGAUAAAGACCUGCUGGCUGAGAGGGCUAUGAAAGAGCAGAAGAUCAAGGACUUGUCAUCUGCCAUGAAGGACGUAGAAGAGCUGACAGCUCAGCUCCGCAAGCAGCAGGAGCAGUCUCAGCAGACUGCCCAGGAGCUGGAGCAACUACGCAAGGAGGCGCAGCAGAGCUCUCUGCUGGACAUGGAGAUGGCCGACUACGAACGCCUGGUGAAAGAACUCAAUGCCAAACUACAAGAUAAAGACGAGUGCGCUGAGGAGUUAAAGAGCCAGAUAAAAACACUCACCCAGAGCGAGGACACACUCAAACAGGAAAUCGAGGCUUUGAAGUCCCAGCUGGACCAGGGGGAGGAGAAGACCUCCAAGAUGAAACAGCUGCUGGUGAAGACCAAAAAGGACUUGGCCGAUGCCAAGAAACAGGAAAGUUCCCUCAUGAUGCUGCAGGCCUCUCUGAAAGGAGAGCUGGAGGGCAACCAACAGCAGCUAGAAGGCUCCAAGAUCGAGGUGUGCGAGCUGACGGCCGAGCGACAUCGUCUGCAGGAGCAGCUGAGGUCUGCGUUGGAACAGCAGCAAAGAACCAGCAGCUCCCUGCAGCAACGCAUCAACAGCCUGCAGCAGGAGAAAGACACCGCUCAGGCUGAGCUUAUGGCAACAACUGGCGAGUUUGAGAGUUACAAGGUGCGAGUCCACAACGUGCUCAAACAGCAGAAGAGCAAAACCACCACCCAGAGUGACGGAGACUCCGGCAAAUUAGAGAGGGAGCAGUUGUCCUCUCAGGUAGAAAAGUUGAGGUCCAGGCUGGCAGAGAGCCACCAGAGUCUCCAGAGCAGCACAGCAGAGCUGCAGCAGCUCCAGACUGAACACGACACUCUGCUGGAGAGACACAACAAAAUCCUCCAGGAAACCAUUAGCAAGGAGGCUGAGCUCCGUGAGAGGCUGUUGUCAGUGCAGUCGGAGAACGUGACUCUGCGAUCAGAUCUGUCCCAGGCUCAGGCUGAUCUGUCCUCCCAGGUUGAGACCCACCGCCAGACCUACAGGGAGCAACUAAGGAAGCUGCAGGACGACCACCGGGCCACUGUGGAGACCCUGCAGGGCCAGCUGACACGUGUGGAGGAGCAACUCUUUGCUCUGCAGAGCCAGAACAGUUCGGGGUCGGCACAGUCCAGCCGUAAGCCCCUGGCAUCAGACUUCCAGCGAAGAAACGCAGAUCAGAACCAGACAGGACUGGGACUGAUGGUCCUCAGCGACCUCCAGUCUAUGGCAAGGGAGGAAGGCGAGGGCAUGGAGACUACUGAAACUGAGAGCCCCUCUCCUGCCCUUACACCCCUGCCCUCUCUAGAGCAUCUGCUUGCAUCUCCCGACCCCAAACAAGAGCCAUUUGUGUGGACGGUGGAGCCUACCAAAGAAGAGCUAAGUCAAAAGCUGAGCACCGCCACCCGCAGUAUGGAGCAUAUGAACAGCCUCCUGCAUGAAACUGAGGCCACCAAUGCUGUUCUCAUGGAGCAGAUCACUUUGUUGAAGAGUGAGGUGCGUCGUCUGGAGCGAAACCACGAGAGGGAGAAGAGUGUGGCCAACCUGGAGUACCUGAAGAACGUCCUGCUGCAGUUCAUCUUCCUGAGAUCUGGCAGUGAGAGGCAAGCACUUCUGCCUGUCAUUCACACAAUGCUGCAGCUCAGUCCUGAGGAGAAAAGCAAACUGGCUGCCAUUGCACAAGGUGAAGAAGAGGGGUCUGGGACUCGGGGCUCAGGCUGGUCCUCCUAUCUCCACAGCUGGUCUGGGAUCAGAUAGACUUGAUGAUCAACCAACCCAACAAAAAAAAAAAUAUAUAUAUAUAUGAGGUGGAGGACAAAGAGGAUAAGAUGUUACUGGCCCCUUUUCUGUGAAAACAUGUAGAAAGCAGUGAUGCUGCAAAAGCAAAGAGUUAACUCGGGCAUUUACAAACCUUUUUCUGGGACACAAUAUAAAGGACCAAGGAAUGUAUCAAAGGAGAAUUUUGCGGUAAAGAUAAAACCAAAACAUGAAUAUAUGACAUGAAUAUUCGCAGUGCAAUAGUUACAUUAGUCUUACCAAUUAAUACAAACUGUGACAUUCUGUCUUCCUGACUCUUACCAUUGACACAUGAGAGUUACUGCUCCAUGAAAUGGAGCUCAUAAGGCAUUACACUGCAUCAUUAGCAGUAUGAAAACAUUGUGAAUGGAUAUAAUACAUGUUAUAAUCACAACUUUGUAUAAUGCACAUGAGGUACAUAAAUUGUGGGAUGAGAAAUCAAGAGGAUAAAUACAUAGUUAGAGGCAUGAUAUGGUAAGAUUUUACUUGCACUUCCAGUGGGUUUGUACUGUGUGACACAGUACACUUAAAGUACUAUACUAGAGUUUUAGCUAUUUGAGUACAAAUCACAUAUGCUUUACAGUUAUUUCAACGAUUUUCAAGGGCACACUGAAGUGUUAAAGGUUUGUUUUUUGUGUUUUUACUGUCGGCCAUUAUGUCCCUUAUUCCUUGCAGCACAAAAAUUGACAUGAAACUUACUUAACACAUCAGAGUAAACAUGAUCUCUGGUUUAAUUUUUUACUGGUGGUCGUGUGGAUGGUAGAAAAAAAAGUGAUUUAAUGGGCUACAACAUAUUAAAUCACCAGUGUGGUGUCUGUCAUAAUCUAACUUCAGAUUUCUACAUUCUCAGGUUAACCUGACCGACAUGACUGACAGAAUAUCAUCUUAAUACUAAGUUCUUCACUAAUGCCUUCUGAAGUCAGGAGCAGUUUUGACUGAUCAUAUCCUGUCGCAUUUGUUGAUUUUGUUGCGGUUACUGUGUAAUUUGUUUAUUGUUGUUGUCUUUAUUUAAUGCCAUAUUAUCAUUUUAAGGGUUUCUGUGUCUAUUCUGGGAAUACUUUAUGGUUUUAUCAGUCGUUACGCUGCUGUUAAAUAACUGGACCUGAAAGAUUUGUUGCAACUUCAUCUGCACGGCUGUCCUGUUGAAGGAUGGUACGCAUGACGGCAAGCACAUCCUCCAUGCUAAAGUGUCCUUGAGCAAGACUCCUUGUCAGACCCAUGGGUGCUGCUUUUUACAGUGCCUGACCAUGACCUCUGACCUCCCUGUACCUAGAAGCCCCCCUCCACGUAAAACACACAUCUCUUACAUUACAUGAAUAUGAAUUUUUGCUUACAUCCUACCAAUGAAGAACUGGCUUGUUAAUUGUCUCAUUCCAGUGGCAGCUUUUUGUGAUUCCUUCAGCAUAAGUGAAUGUAUUUGUAUCUGAGGAUUUUAUAUUUAUGGUGGGAAACGUCAGUAGAAGCUAUGAGAGAUUACGUGUAACUAUGAAAUCUUAAAUGUUAAGGAACGGUAUGUUUACCACUUUACUUAUUUCAGUUUUUUGUUGUUAUCUUCUUAUUAUUUCCAACAAUAAACUUAAAUAAAGUCAA